GUGAAGAUACUUCACUGUAUCUGAUCACAAAACCCGUUGAUGACUCUUCCCUUAAUCAAUUUUGUUAGCCAUUGAGGUUUGUUUGUUUGUUUACAUAUUACAACACUGUAUGAUGACGACGACGUAUCACUAAACAUAUUGAUAUUAGAAUAUUACAAAAUAGUUACAAAUAUUACUUUACGUUUAAAAAGCUUGUUUCUUAUGCUCGCCAUGGUAGUUAUGUAUAAGUUUGUAUUCUGUUAACAUUAUUAUAUACGGUUUGAAGAUCAGGCACGAAAUAUUCCCAUUUUAAAAAAAAUGUGAUAAGUUCGGUGACGAAGCCAAAGUUAAAAGAUGAAGAGUUUGUAGAGUCCACUACUUGUCCAGUCCAUAGAGGAACUGGCUUUCUCACUUCUCAGAACUGAAAACGAAUGGUGAACGACUACGUUUCCUCUGUUCUGAAAUCGCUGCUUCUGCUUCUUCAACUCGUCUUCUUGAGCCACCAUCAUGCUGGUUCUGCCUCAGUAAUCAAGUUUCUUCCUGGUUUUGACGGCCCUCUUCCUUUUGAGCUAGAAACCGGGUUUGUUUUCUUUUCAUGUUGUGUGAUUAGUUAAAUCCGAGUUCUGAAGAUAAUCUAAGUACAAUUACUGUUUCUUGUGAAUGAAGUUACAUUGGUGUUGGUGAGGAGGAGGAAGUGCAAUUGUUCUACUACUUCAUCAAGUCUGAGAGGAAACCAGAAGAAGACCCACUUGUUCUCUGGCUAAGUGGAGGACUUGGCUACUCUUCCAUCUCUGGCCUUGUUUUUGAGAAUGGUAAAAUAUAUAAAACCUUGAUUUUCUUCAACUCGUUCUUUUGUGUCUUUGAUUACAGCUCAAUUCAAUUCAACAGGGCCUCUGGCUAUGAAGCUUGAUGUUUACAAUGGAACUCUCCCUUCUUUGGUCUCUACUACAUAGUCAUGGACGAAGGUAACAACAAAUUAGUAUUCCUUCCUUCCUUUUUACCAAAUUUUUUUUUUAGUAUUCCUUACACUAUAUGUAGCAUACCUUACCAUAUGAAUAGUAGCAUCAAUGGCCAUCGUUCUCUCAUCUUCAGGUCAGACUUUUGCUACUAUCAAAGCAAGUCCUUCCUCUUUCUUUUUUGAUGUUUUCUUGCUUCCCACUCAACGUUUUUACUGCGGUUGAACUCAGUGGAGUUGUGUGUUUUGGAUUAUAGGGAGGUGGACACACAGCAGAGUUUAAACCAGAGGAAAGCUCCGUCAUGUUUCAGAGGUGGAUCAUUGGCCAACCUCUGUAAAAUAGGAGAGUGGCCUUUACCUAUAAAAGAGAAGAGAUUGUGAUUCUCUAACGUUAUUUGUGUACAUAUCCUAGUACAUACCUUCUCCAUAUAUAAAGGGCUAGGCUUGGCCUUUAUGUCACUUUGAACUAAACUGAGUAAGCUUCUCCGAGACAUUAAAUCUUGAAACUGAAAUAUCACAGUAAACAAUUUCCCCUUAUUUAAAAUCAUACAGUGAGAAUGUAUCAAAUCAUAUGAUGUUAUCCAUAUCUCCUUUGUUCAAUAUUGUUAGACAUUAUUCCUUGUUUGUAUGAAAACGACGUAUCACUAACUAUCUUGAAAUUAGAAUAUGAUAACAUAAAUAAUAACUUUAGGUUACAGAAAAAUAGAAGAAAAUUUAAUGCCCACGACAAGCGCGAGGACAAUUAACAAGUAAUAAUAUUGUAUGCUUUUUGAUUAUAAAUCUGGCACGAAAUUUUCCCAUUAAAAUAAUGUGACAAGUUCAAUGAUGAAUCCAAACUUGAAAGAUGAAGAGGGGACUAGGCGACUUUUUAUUGUUUUUAGUAUACAGACCCAAUAGCUUGUCCUGUCCUUAAAGGCCAUUGACUUGGAAAAAAACGAAUGGCUAACGACUAUAUUUCCUCUGUUCUGAAAUGGCUGCUUCUGAUUCUUCAACUUGUCUUCUUGAUUCAGCAUCGUGCUUAUUCUGCCUCUAUUGUCAAGUAUCUUCCUGGUUUUGAUGGCCCUCUUCCCUUUGAACUCGAAACCGGGUACAUUGGUAUUGGUGAGAAGGACGAAGUGCAAUUGUUCUACUACUUCAUAAAGUCUGAGGGGAACCCUGAAGAAGACCCUCUUCUUCUCUGGCUAAGUGGUGGACCUGGCUGCUCUGCUAUCUCUGGUCUUCUACUUGAGAAUGGGCCUCUGGCUAUGAAGCUUGAUGUUUACAAUGGAACCGUCCCUCCAUUGGUCUCUACUACAUACUCAUGGACAAAGAGUUCAAGCAUAUUAUACUUGGAUCAGCCUGUUGGAACUGGCUUCUCCUACUCACGGACUCAUCUUGUUAACAAACCUAGUGAUUUAGGAGAGGCCAAACAGAUCCAUGAGUUUCUUCAAAAGUGGCUAGGCAAGCAUCCAGAGUUUUCCUCCAACUCUUUCUACGCCGGAGGUGAUUCUUAUUCCGGUAAGAUUGUUCCGGCUCUAGUUCAAGAAAUCUCAAAAGGAAAUUACCAAUGUUGCAAUCCUCCAAUAAACCUUCAGGGCUACGUGCUUGGUAACCCAGUAACAGAUGGAAAAAUUGAUUCUAACCACCGCAUUCCGUAUGCUCAUGGUAUGGCGUUUAUCUCUGAUGAACUCUACGAGUCGCUAAAAAGAAAUUGCAAAGGAGAAUAUACAUAUGUUGAUCCACUUAACACAAAAUGCUUGGAACUCAUUGACGAAUAUCAUAAGUGUAUAGAUGGAUUGAACCUAUAUAGUAUACUACAACCUUGGUGCAAAACUGAGAAUCCAGAUUGCUAUUAUUAUCGCUGUUUGUUAGUUACAUACUGGGCCAAUGACAAAACCGUACGCAAAGCUCUUCAAAUCAAUGAGGAGAGUAUAGGGGAAUGGGUACGAUGUAGAUAUGGUAUUCCUUACACAUAUGACAUUAUAAGCAGCGUACCAUACCAUAAGAAUAACAGUAUCAAUGGAUAUCCUUCUCUCAUCUUCAGUGGUGAUCACGAUAUGGCAGUGCCUUACCUUGGAACCCAAGCUUGGAUAAGGGCUCUCAACUAUUCUAUUAUCGAUGACUGGAGGCCAUGGAUGAUCAACGAUCAAAUCGCUGGAUACACAAGGACUUAUGCAAAUAAGAUGACAUUUGCUACUGUCAAAGCAAUGGGCACACGCCAGAGUACAAACCAGAUGAAAGUUCUAUCAUGUUCCAAAGGUGGAUCAAUGGCCAACCUCUAUAAAAGAGGAAAUUAAUUAUGAUUUUAAUAUUCUAUCAAAGUAUGUACAUAGUACAUACUCUCUAGUACACACAUUCUCCAAAUAUAUAAGAGCAUUUGGCCUUUUAAGUGACUUGAAAUAAAACUCAUAAUUUGUUAAUUUACUUUGUAAACAACUACAUGAACGUUGCCUUUCAAGAUUGCUACAUUUGCAUUACACUUCUUUACAGAAGAAGCAAAACAAAGAUAAAGUAAACUUGGAGUAUGUAAGAGUUUCUCAUACUUUUAUUUAUAUUUGGAUGUAGCAUAUUAAGUUAAAUGUUCGAGGUGCAUCACCGGCAGUGAAAACUCCUAAAACACGAGGCCGGUAAAUAAAGAAUGCUCGUGAAAGGUUUGCAAAUUAAAUACUGGAUGAUCAUCUUCUCAAGAUAUGUACAAUUGCUUAAUUUCGAUGUCCAAUAUAAAAUCAAGAGUCGACAUCCAUAUAAAUUAAAUAGUAAUUCCUUCUAUCAGACUCACACUGAAAUUGCUCUUUGAUUCUUCUUCUUUAUGAACAGAGAUAUACAAAUAAAAUGACUCGUGAUAAAAACUUGGUUGCAGACAGCCUAGCAAAAAAGUGCUUUGUUAGGUGAAAAUGAUGUAAUGGUGUUAUUCAUAAUUUGUUAAUGUAAGCAACUUGACUAGUGUUGUUCUAGCUUGCUUCAUUUGCAUUUUACUUCUCUACUUGAAAACAGUCAAGAAAAUUUUGAGCACUAAAAGAUAUGAUUUACCUACCUGGUGUGAAUCAGUCAACUUGCGCGGAUAGCUCAGUUGGGAGAGCGUCAGACUGAAGAUUUGAAGGUCGCAUGUUCGAUCCACGCUCACCGCAUCUUUUUUUCUUUGUAUAUAUUCCUCUGUAAAACGAAUACCAAAAGCCCAUUUUAAUGCCCACUAUGUACCCCCCCCCCCCACAACUUUCACAUCUAUAAUCAGUUUCGACAUCGGUUUAUUUGAUUCGUUUUACUUUUCUUUCUUUGAUUUAAUUUGUUUCAGAGUUUUU